UAGGUCUGAAAACAUGUCUGAAAACAGCUACUUUAAUUUCAGGAGAUCUCUCCUGAAGAUGUUUCCACAAUCAGGGAAAUCGAUUGUCUUUGACAACUUUCCAGAUCCCACUGACGCCUGGGACAUCAUCGAGACAAUCGGGAAAGGGACCUACGGAAAAGUCUACAAGGUGCUCAACAAACUUGAUGGAAGUAAAGCGGCUGUAAAGAUACUGGACCCCAUCCAUGAUAUUGAUGAGGAAAUCGAAGCAGAGUACAACAUUCUCAAAGCUCUUUCUGACCAUGCCAACGUUGUCAAAUUCUACGGGAUGUACUACAAGAAGGACGUGAAAUGUGGAGACCAGUUGUGGCUAGUACUGGAGCUCUGCAAUGGUGGCUCUGUGACAGAUCUGGCUAAAGGCAUGCUGAAGAGGGGAGACAGAAUGGAUGAAGCCAUUAUUGCCUACAUCUUGCAUGAGGCCCUCAUGGGUCUCCAGCACCUGCACAUCAACAAGACCAUCCACCGUGACGUCAAAGGCAAUAACAUCCUGCUAACGACACAUGGAGGGGUCAAACUCGUGGAUUUUGGUGUUUCAGCCCAGCUGACAAAUACCCGUCUGAGGAGGAACACCUCUGUGGGAACUCCCUUCUGGAUGGCUCCUGAGGUGAUAGCAUGUGAGCAGCAGCUGGACUCAACCUACGACGCUCGCUGUGACGUCUGGUCACUCGGCAUCACCGCCAUAGAGCUGGGAGAUGGAGACCCACCCCUCUCUGAACUUCACCCAAUGAGAGCCCUUUUCAAGAUACCCAGAAAUCCUCCACCUACUCUCCACCAGCCAGAGCUCUGGUCAGAUGACUUUAAUGACUUCAUCUGCAAAUGUCUGAUUAAGGACUUUGAGCUGAGACCAAAUGUGCUAGACCUGCUCCAGCAUGUGUUCAUCAAACAGAUUGUUGGCAGAGAGAAAAUACUGCAGAAACAAUUGAUUGAACUCAUUGAUCUCAACCAACAAAUAGGAGUCAUUGAAAAAACAAGGCAUGAACGCAUUCAUACUAAAAGAGGAGGCCAUAUGAAGACGCAGACUGACCCAAAUGAGGUGGACGACCUCGCCACCCUCGAAGUUCUAGAUGAGAACACGGUCACAGAGCAGCUCCAGAGCCGCUAUGGACGAGAUCAAAUCUACACGUAUGUGGGAGACAUCCUCAUCGCAGUCAAUCCUUUCCAUAAGAUGGAGAUAUACACCCCUGAGUACACCAAGAUGUACAUAGGAGCGAAGCGUACAGCUAAUCCACCACACAUCUUUGCUGUGGCUGACAUCGCCUACCAGUCCAUGGUGUCAUAUAAUGCAGACCAGUGUGUGGUGAUCAGUGGGGAAAGUGGAGCAGGAAAAACAGAGGGUGCUCAUCUGUUGGUACAGCAGCUGACAGUUCUCGGAAAGGCUAAUAAUCGGACGCUCCAGGAGAAGAUCCUGCUGGUCAAUAGCCUGGUGGAGGCAUUUGGAAACGCCUGCACUGUCAUCAAUGACAACUCCAGCCGCUUUGGCAAGUACCUGGAGAUGAGGUUCACCUGCGGAGGAACAGUGGUUGGAGCACAGAUAUCUGAGUACUUGCUGGAGAAGUCGAGAGUCAUCCACCAGGCAGUAGGAGAAAAGAACUUCCACAUCUUCUACUACAUUUACGCCGGCCUGGCUGACAGGAAGAAACUCGCCCACUACAAGCUCUCUGACAACAAAACACCUAAGUAUCUGUGUAAUGAGCACAUUAAAUUAGGGCCUGACAUAGUGAGCAACACCUUCUACAAGGAGCAGUUUGAUGCAGUGGAGCAGUGUUUCAAAGUCAUUGGAUUCACCCUGGAGGAGCUGGGCAGUGUUUACAGCACUCUGGCUGCCAUCCUCAACUCCGGCGAUAUCGAGUUUUCUCCGGUUGCCUCGGAGCACCAAACUGACAAGAGUGACAUCUCCAACAUUUCUGUCCUGGAGAACGUGGCAUCACUGCUGUGUAUCCGCUCAGAUGAGCUCCAGGAAGCCCUGACCUCCCACUGUGUUGUGGCCCGAGGAGAGACGAUCGUCAGGCCAAACACGGUGGAAAAAGCUGCAGAGGUGAGGGAUGCCAUGAGCAAGGCUCUCUAUGGCCGUCUCUUCAGCUGGAUCGUCAACCGCAUCAACGCCCUGCUGCGGCCCGACAGCAACCUAGGAGAGAAUGACAAGGGCUUGAACAUCGGCAUCCUGGACAUCUUCGGUUUCGAGAACUUCAAGAAGAACUCUUUCGAGCAGCUCUGCAUCAACAUUGCCAACGAGCAGAUCCAGUUUUACUUUAACCAGCACAUAUUCGCUUGGGAACAGGAUGAGUACCUGAAUGAGGAGGUGGAUGCUCGGAUGAUUGAGUAUGAAGACAAUCGGCCCCUCCUGGACCUGUUCCUGCAGAAGCCAAUGGGGAUGCUCUCACUUCUGGAUGAGGAGAGUCGCUUUCCGCAGGCCACCGACCAGACCCUCGUAGAGAAAUUUGAAGAUAACCUGAAGAUGAAAAGCUUCUGGAGACCAAAGAGGGUCGACCUCGGCUUUGGUAUUCACCACUACGCUGGGAAGGUGAUUUACAACGCUGCAGGCUUCUUGGCCAAAAACAGGGACAUGCUACCAGCUGACAUCGUCCUGCUGCUGAGGUCGUCAGAAAACGAGCUCACUCGCAAACUUGUCACCCAUCCCCUCACCAAAACAGGCAACCUUGCCCACACCAAGGGUAAAGGCAUAAACACAAUGCGCAGCCCGCGGACCCCGACACGCACCAUCACCUUCGCCAAGAUGGGAGUGCUAACCUUAUACAGUUCUUUUUCUUUCAGUGAGCCGGGUGAACCUACAGACCAGCCUUACCACCCGAGAGAAACCACCAAUAUGAGAACACAGACAGUGGCCUCCUACUUCAGAUACUCUCUGAUGGACCUGCUGUCAAAGAUGGUGGCAGGGCAGCCUCACUUUGUUCGCUGUAUCAAACCAAACAACGAUCGCCAUGCCAAUAAGUUUGACCGGGAGAAGGUGCUGGUUCAGCUGCGAUACACCGGAGUCCUGGAGACCGCAAAGAUCAGACGACAGGGCUACUCUCAUCGCAUCCUGUUUGCUAACUUCAUAAAGAGGUACUACAUCUUGGCUUUCCAUGCUCAUGAAGAGCCGGCUGCGACUCAAGAAGCGUGUGCUGCAAUACUAGAGAAGGCCAAGCUGGAGAACUGGGCAAUGGGGAAGACUAAGGUGUUUCUCAAAUACUACCACGUUGAACAUCUGAACCUGAUGGUGCAGCAGGCCACACAGCGGAUCAUUCUGCUCCAGGCUUAUGUCAGAGGCUGGCUCGGAGCAAAACGAUACCGGCGGAUAUUAAAAGAGCGAGAACAGAGUGCUCUGGUGCUGCAGUCAGCUUACAGAGGUCAUAAAGUUCGGAAGAGGGUGGCUGAUGACAAAAGCAAAGCAAAGUUUGAGGCCUUCAUUGUCCAGUUUCAGGCUGUUUGCAGGGGCUAUCUUGCAAAAAAGAAAUACAAGGAGUUGGUAGAUGAGAAGAACAAAGCUGCGACCAAGAUUCAGGCUCGCUACAGAGGGCACAAGGAGAGGAAGAGCUUCAAAAGAAAACGGGAAGCCAAAGAGAAAGAGAAAGCAGAGAAGGCCCUUAAAGAACAAGAGGAAGAGACUCCUGAACCAGAGACGAUCACCAGUGAAGAAAAACCUGCUGCUCCUGACAACGAAGUAACAAACGAGGAAGACGAAACUAAGGCUGCGGUGGUUCUCCAGAGCAACUUCAGAGGCUACAAAGAGAGAAAAAAGUUUAAGGAGAGGAAAAAGACAAUGGCUGGGACCGAGCUAGAGUUACCACCAAACGUAGUGACAGAGCAAGAGGAGCCUACCAGCAAAGAGGAGGAAGGGGAGAAGACAGGUGAUAAACAAGAGGAGAAUGAAGAUGAAGAGGAAAGUACUUAUGAAGCAGAAGAGAAUGAUGAUAGUGAUCACACGCAGGUGCCAGAGGAUGACGAACACACAGAACUGGCAGAUGAAGCGGUUAUUGAGGAUGCACCGGCUGCAGAUGCUGUAAAAGAAGAGCAGGAGGAGGAUGAGAAGGAGGAGAAUCAUCAAGAAAAAGCUGCAGGGGAAGAGGCUCCUAAUGUAGAAGAAGAAACCAAGGCUGCCACUGUCCUCCAGAGUAAUUUUAGAGGUCACAAAGAGAGGAAGAGGUUACAGGAUGAAGGCAAGAUCCCAGCUAAGAAACAGAAACCAAAAAGUCCUACUGCUGAAGAAGAAGUGCCCACAGUGAGCAGCCCUACAGGUGAGGAUGAUGUGCCCCCAGCUCAAGCACCAGCAGAGGAAGUCAGCAGUGAAGCAACAGAAAAGGAAGAAGAGUCAACAGUAGCUCAAGAUGCUGCAGAUGUUUCUUCAAGCGAUGUCAAGUCAGAGGACCCAGACGAGGCUAAAGCAGCUGUGGUGCUUCAGAGCAACUUCCGCGGCCACAAGGAGCGCAAACGACUCGAGGAGGAAGGAAAGAUCCCGAAGAAGAAGAAAAAGAAGGAGGAGGAAGUUACACCAGAACCUCCAAAAGAAGAAGAGGAACAGAUAGUGCAGACAGAAGAAUCAGUGCCAGAAUCCCAGCCGGAUGCUUCUGCUGAGAGCCCAGAGGGACUGGACGAGGAAAAAGCUGCUACAGUCCUUCAGAGUAACUUCAGAGGCCAUCGGGAUCGAAAGAAACUGAAAGCAGAGAGGGAAAUGAAAAACAAAGCAAAGGAAGAAGCUGCCAAUGAUGCAGAAAAGGAAACUAAAGAGGAGGCAGAGGAAGCAGCCCUGGAUGUUGAGGAUGUGAUGAUAGAACGUAAAGAGGAGACAGAUGCUGAAAAAGAGAGACUGGAGGAAGAGCAGGCUGCAGUGAAGAUCCAGAGUAACUUCAGAGGGUACAAGGACAGAAAGAACCUGAAGGCCAACAGGCAGACAGCGCAGACAGAAGCUUCACAACUAGAGAACUUCUCCAAACAGAUCACAAAGACUUCUCAGGACUUUCUGGCCCUGCAGCAGAAGUUGAAUGAGAUCAUCCAGGCCCAUCAAUCAAACCCCGAGAGCAAUGGCAUGUUUGUGAGAGGAAAAGCAAUCAAUGGCUAUGCUCCCCAGAUUCACCAAUCAACAGAGAAGAGAAAGUCUAGGACCCCCCGCCGGACCCAGCAGCCAAAGACCCUCAACACACCAGAGGACUCCACCUAUUACACCCUGAUUCAUCGGUCUGUCCAGGAUGAUAAACGCAAGCCCAGGAAAGAGGAUCCAGGGAAGCUGCUGGAUGUGGAUGACCACUACUACCGUGAACUGUCCACCAGCAGGUCUGAACCCUGCAUCCCCACAGAGGAGACGCCACCCAGCAGCCUGCCCGAGAGACGGCAGUCCAUAGAGAGGAGAGGGUCUACAGAGACGAGGCGGUCCACAGAGCAGGAACCAGCUGCUGCCAGCAGACAGACCAGAGAGAGGGCCGUCACUGAACCAGCACCUCCCAAACCUGUCAGUGACAACAGGCGCUCCGUUCCCAGAAUGCCCUCCACAGAGAGUCGGACUGACGACAACCCGUAUGACUUCAGACAUCUACUGAGGAAGACCUCACAGAGACGAAGGCUCAUCAAACAGUACUGAUCACACGACUGAACUUUUUUAGCCAUUUGGUCCAUAAUCUGUCAGGAUCUGAAUGUGGCAGUGUGUUAUCAUGUGUCAUGCUACAUGAUAUGAGUAUUUGAUUCGUCACAGCUUCUUCAUAAACCUUUGAAAUGAAACAAAUGAAAACUGCAUUGAUUAUAAGUCACCACUGUUCUUAUUAAUCUAAAAGCAGGACAGGAUUAAGUAUAAUGUAAAUAAUAAAAUGUCAUAUACUUAAAUCUGUAAAUGAAGGUUUUAUUUAUGUCAUUAGUAAACUAGACGUUUUUGCUCAUGUUUGCUGUAUCCAUUUCCUCUCUGGUUUGGUAAAUAUUGUGUUUGAGGUUAUAUAUUUAAACUAGAAUUGUGUAAAAUAUCUAGAGAUCGUGUAAAUACAAAAGCCAUGCUCUUUCACUUGAAUACUUUACAUUUCAAUCCAUUUUGAAGGAUGUAUUUUCUGAAAAAAAAAAAAAAAGCUGCUUCAGUGUUGUCACA